AUGGCACAGAUGCGCGGACCAGUAGAGCGUACAAUCAGUGAAGAAGAUGUGCAGGAUAUCCUCAAAAGACAACGCAAUGAAAAAUGGUUUUGCUAUGCACUUCAGCUCUUUAACGGAAUUCAAUUUUCCGUUCUUGCCGUAUCGAUGUGGCCAUUUUUGAAGACUAUCGAUGCGAGAGCGGAAAUGGUAUUCUACGGGUGGGUUGUAGCGAUGUUUCCAUUUGGUCAAACGUUCGGCUCGAUGCUGUUUCAAUACGCUUAUCGAAAGCGCGGAACAAUGUACCGUCCAGUUGCGACUGCCUUUCUGCUGAUGGGAAUAGCUCAUGCACUCUACGUGACGUUACCGCUUUAUGCUUCCGGCAAAUGGGAAAUGCUUGUAACGAGGUUCAUUUUUGGCUUAGGUGCAGGGAAUAUGAGUGUUGUUCGAGCGAAUAUCAGGAGUGAUCGUAUACACGACUGUCGAUGGAGGAAGGUCUCGAUUGAUCUAGCGAUGUUCAUGCUGGGUCUGACGAUUGGACCCGUAAUUGCGGUACUGUGCGCAUUUCUGAAACAAAAGGGUUUCAUGCUCGGAAUACUACCGGUGACAAUGUACAAUCUGCCUGCAUUCUUGAUGGUCAUACUUUCGUGUGUAGUUACCGUUGUUGCAUUGAGUUGUUUCGAUGUGAACGAUCGAAGAAGUAUUCCCGAUGAAAUAUCUGAUUUUGGUGAACCACCGGUACCCAUAACACUACCCUGUUUCGAUAGAUUAGGUGCAGCUGUUUGCGUUGCUAUUUGGCUGGUGAUACAGUGCGUAGCCGUAAAUAUUGAAGUGUUGAUGGUUCCGUUCUCGAUUGCACUUUAUAAUUGGGACGAUCAACAAGCACUGUUCUACGAUGGUCUCAUCCUUUUUGGUUCGACGAUGGUUAUGUGUGCGGUUUUUGUAGCAAUUGGAUUCAAGAAAACGAACAAUUAUGAUGGACGUAAAGCUGUUUGCGUCGGACUGAUCUUAAUGUUGCUCUAUCAUCUUUUCAUGAUACCAUGGCCAUUCUACCCAUCACACUAUCCCGAGCCAGCUGUUAUAAAAGCGCAUUAUUCCGGAGUUUGUCCGAUAGCAUACGAUUGGUGCAGUAGCUCCACGAUCGUUCCUCUGCCCGUUUUCAUUGUUCUGACAAUUGUUUUGCUGGGGUUCGGGUUUGCGAUCGCUGGUGAAGCAACUGGAACACUGUUUUCGGCGAUUCUUGGACCGAUCCAUUUGGAAGCCAUUCAGAUAUUGUUCGAUGAUGUCGGAAAUUUGGGACGUUGCGCGAUGGCAGUGAUUUCAACUGUGCUUUUCGAGAAGUUUGGUUAUUUCAUACCGAUGGUAAUACAGUGUGGACUGAUUGCAUUGGCACUUAUAGCCACACUUAUUUGUCGUCAACGACUUGUUCGUAUGGAGUUACCGUCACCUCAGUUGUCAUUUUCUGAGCCUGUCACACCACCUCUGCAGUCAGUUCGUGAGUCCAACGAAGUGCCAACAAUUUAUAUCACUCCUCCAGAGUAA